UGACCCACCCUGGGGAGGGGAGUGCCCCACAGCUCUGGGCUGCAGAACCCUCCCUGGGGGCCUGGCUGGCUCAGGGGAUCAUUAAUGGGGCUGGGGGCCUGUCACUCCAAGGGCCCAGCUAGGACCUGGCCCCAGCUCUGUCAUGGCCCAAAGCCUGUCCCGUGUGAAGGGGACCCUGGGGCCUGUGGGGAAAGAGCUGAGUGUCCCAGCCAGGCCCUAGUGGGGCAGUGUCUCGGUCCCAGAACCCCCACCCCACGGGGAGUGACCAGGCCCUUUGGAGGCUGAGAGGAGAAGCUGAGGAACGGGUAGGCCUGGAGAAUGGACCCCUCUCUCAUCCCUGGGAGAAGCCCCUCCAGGUCCUGGUGGGGAACGUGGGGCUGGGCCAGGUGUGAGGGGAGCUGGGGCUGGCCCUGCCCAGGCUGGGUUUUCUCUCUGGAUGGAGAGGCUGGUCCUGGCAGAUUGUGCAGGCAGUAAAUUCCCUGGGAAAUAGAGGUCAUGGCCCCAUUAGCCCUGCCUGUGGCCCAGCUCCCACCCACUCCCCGUCUGGCUCGGGAGGGGGGGGCGGGAACUUAGGGCCGAGGAAUGGGAGGAAUAAACACGCUCGUGUCUCUGCAGGGAUGAGAAGGCUAUGUCUCCAAGGCCCAAGUCCCCUGAGCUGGAAAAGAAAAUCCGGGAUUUCCCUCGAGAGAACAAUCUCCAGGAGGCUGUGACGGGAUUCCUGGGACUCACAAGAGGAUAUGCAGUGGACAUGACUCUGGAUCCAGACACGGCUCAUCCCGACCUCGUACUGUCUGAGGAUCGGAAACGUGUGAGACGUGGAGAUAAACACCAGGAUCUGCCCGGCAAUCCUGAGAGAUUUGAUCCUUUGCCCAGUGUCCUGGGCACUGAGAGAUUCACGGGCGGGUGGCAUCAAUGGGAGGUAGAGGUGGGAGAUAAUCCUCACUGGAUUCUGGGGCUUUGCAGGGAAUCUGUGACCAGGAAAAAGUGGAUUGUUGCAUCACCUAGCAAUGGAUACUGGGCCGUGUGACUGAGGGAUGGGGAAUACAAGGGCCUCACCUCCCCCUCGACUCUGCUCCCCGUGAGUGUCAGACCCAGCCAGGUGGGGAUUUUCCUGGA